AUGCUCAUUGGCAGCAUGCAGCUCCUCCACGCUCUCGCCAUGUUCUGCUCAUUACCACAGUUUGCAAAACUGGUCUCAGCAGAAAAUAUAAAUCCCUCAGCGGAUCUCGAAUCCAAACAGGCUGAUACACCAUCACUGCCAGCAAAGCUCAUCCUACAGCGCAAUGCCGCUAUAACAUCUCAACUCGCAGCAGGACCAGCCCUCGGCGUGAAGAAAAUGAGCGACGACGAAGGCGAGAAAUUCUUACUCGACUAUUGGAGCUUCGGGGAUGUCUAUCCGUCAGGGAACAUAUCCGAGGGACACCUCCCUGACGACAGAUUUUCCCCAGCGCGCUUUGUAGCCCAAUCGCACCCGUUUGGGCCAUCAUAUUCCUUGGGCACAGAUGGAGAAAGUCAAUUCUUUGCCCUGGAAAACAGUCACAGCGCAAACAAUCUUCUCGAGAAACGAGACUUCCAGUGCCCGACUGGGACAUCGGCGUGCACAUCCAUCGGUCGAUCCGAUCGCUGCUGUGGGUCCGGGGAGACGUGCAAGAUCGUCGCAGAUACGGGCCACGGCGAUGUGGGCUGCUGUCCUAGCUGGAAGACGUGCUCUGGGAUGAUCGGGUCGUGUCAGAGUGGGUAUACGGCCUGCUCACAGGCUUUGGGCGGUGGAUGUUGUAUUCCGGAAUAUGAUUGUGUUGAAGGGGGAUGCGCAUACAUCAGUGUUAUUACGGUGACUCUUCAUUCGACCGUGGUGUUGUCUACUGUGACCUACUCGACCAAACCGCAGGAUAGUACUUCCACUUCCGCUUCCUUUUCUUCCCCAACGACCCCUUCCCAUAGCAGCAAGACCACAACAAACGAUAGCUUGGCACCGCCAGCACGGCCUACGAAUCUCUCAACAGUAACCAGUGCUACGCGCGGUGACGAUGUUUGCCCGACUGGUUUCUAUGCUUGCUCUGCUGUCUACCACGGUGGCUGCUGCCGCACCGGACGAGACUGCGAUACGACUUCAUGUCCGACCACAUCUUCGACGACCAUCGUAUCAGACGGCGUGACGAUUGUAGCGCCCGUCACGACAACGACGGAACACUCUGGCGGGAACCAUUGCGCUCAGGGCUGGUUUUACUGUGCCGACACCGUGGGCGGAGGAUGCUGUCCUAUGGGAUUCGCCUGCGGCUCUAGCUGUACUGCAAGGGACACCGCGUUUGCGACGACUGUCGCUAAGGAACAAGCGACCGCGACUAGUGGAGAUGGUGUGGUACAUCGGGUUAGCAAAAUAAUGUUGGGGAUGAUGUUGGGAAUGAGUGUGGGAGUUUGGAUAUUAUGA